GCUCUGCCAUCACAAAACCAUCCGAAUACCCUUUGUCCAUCCCACCAAAUGUCGGCAACCUCUGGUGAUGCUCAAGUCUCUCAUGUCGCCCUCCUUCCGAGCGCCGGCAUGGGCCACCUUACACCCUUCCUCCGCCUUGCGUCCACUCUCGCCUCCCAUGGUUGCAGAGUCACCUUCAUCGCCAUCCACCCUACUGUUUCCUCUGCGGAGUCUCUUCAUCUCUCUGCUCUCUUCUCCACUUAUCCUCAGAUCCACCCCCUUGAAUUCCCACUCCUUCACUUGGAUGCCAUGGAUGCUUAUAAACUCGCUGAUCCUUUCUAUCUCCACUGCGAAUCCAUCCGCCGCUCGGCCCACCUCCUUCUCCCUCUACUCACCUCUCUCUCACCCCCACUCUCUUCAUUCAUUGUCGACAUCAGCCUAGCCUCUGCUUUCAUUCCAAUCGCUAACAAACUCGACAUUCCUAGUUACAUUCUCUUCACCUCCUCAGCGACGAUGCUCACCCUCUUUGCCUACUUACCCGGCCUCAUCGCCGAUGCCAAACGUAUCGACGAUGUUGCGAUCCCCGGCAUGCAGCCAUUGCCGGCGUCGAUGAUCCCCCCUGCACUCCAUGACCCUACCAACCUCUUCACAAAACAAUUCAUAGAGAACGGUCGCGCAUUACUACAAGCGAAAGCGAUCUUAGUCAACACAUUUGAAAGCCUCGAGGCGGAUGCAGUGGCGGCCCUCAACGGAGGAGCGGUGGUGCGAGGUCUACCGCCGGUGGUGGCAAUUGGGCCGCUACAUCAACCAGCUGCUAGGCCUAGUGGAAGCCCGGGGCGCACGUUUGCGUGGCUCGACGCACAACCGGCCCGGUCGGUGGUGUACGUUAGCUUCGGCAGCAGGACGGCCCUGUCAAGGGCCCAAAUCAAGGAGCUAGGAGUUGGGUUGGAGAGGAGUGGGUGUAGGUUCCUAUGGGUGGUGAAGAGUAAAAUAGUGGAUAGAGAGGAUGGGGAGGGGUUGGAGGAGUUGGUGGGUAAUGGGCUUUUGGAGAGGGGGAGAGGGAGGGGGAAGGGGUUGGUGGUUAAAGGUUGGGUGGAUCAGAAUGAGGUAUUGGGGCAUGGGGCUGUUGGAGGAUUUGUUAGUCAUUGUGGGUGGAACUCGGUGGUGGAGGCGGCCGCGUGCGGGGUACGCAUCCUGGCGUGGCCGCGGGGUGCAGACCAAAGGGUGAAUGCAAGCUUGGUGGAGAGGAGCGGGCUUGGAGUGUGGGCGAGAGAGUGGGGGUGGGAUGGGGAGGAAGGGGCGGAGGUGGUGAGGGGAGAGGAGAUCGGACAGCGUGUGAGGGAACUGUUGGGGGACACGCAUGUGGGGGAGUCCGUCGCACGUGUGAGGGAGGAGGCUUUGAGGGCUUCUGGAGUGGGUGGGAGCUCUUACGAGGGCUUGGCAGAUCUCAUUGAGAAGUGGAGGGCAUGAUCCUUUUAGGACAACGUUGAUCAGAAGAUUUUUGAGGGACUUCAGUAGGUGGAAGGACGACCACAUUUCACUGGACGAGUGGAUUCCCUGCAUCAACUUACUUGUUGGUUGAUGUAUCUUGGAGUAUGUGUUCUAUAUGAUCAAAAAUACUUGACGCCCAUUUCAGUAUAUUGCUACCCUAAUCCUGAGGCAUACUAAUUAUUGGCUAAGAAAAAAAUUGCAAGAAGAGGAGUGGACAAAGAUCUUGAUGAAGUAGUAGAUUUGCAGUAGGAGAUUUACGAAGUACCGAUGAAGAUCUUGAUGGCAUAAAGAGGAGUAAUUAUGUAACCGGAUGGAUUGAAGGAAGUUACUGAUUUAUUAAACUCUUUUUAUGUCUUUUCCCCCUUUUGAGUAAUGGUUAGAAAUUCUUUUCUUAAAAGAUUCUGCCGAGUCUUGAAAUUUGGCACGAUGGGUUACAGAAAUAUGGGUACAGGGGACCUAUUAUCAUGACGAUUCCAGGAUUGGAAAUGGUUUUUGUGGGAACCAGAUGGAUGUGCGAGUUUCUUGGUUCGUUCAACUCUUUGUUGGUCAGAACUUCUAGUAUCAAAUUUCUGUUCUUCCCUCUUUUCCUUUUGUUUCUUAUGGAUGCUUAAAUUUGAAAUUUAUAUCGAUUUGAAAAAAUUUUGUAGUUUAAACAGCAACUUUUAGAAGGCCGUUGGCACUGAUCUCCAGUUUGUCUUUCCUUUUUGUGAUGGAUUUCAUGUUGGCUUCAUUUGGCACUGCCACUGUAUCUUUGACUCCAGCAAAAUGUGUUUGUUGGCUGUUCUGUCGAUUU